UAAUUGAAUUGCUACCCGCAUGUCUAAAAUCUAACUUUUAAUAUUAUUCGAGACAUGUAUCCUCCGCUUCUCCUACAAAAAAAAAAACGGAGAAGGGUGGCACCGUGGCACACAUUUCUAAGUUGCUUUUGGAAGGAAUAAUGUAUAGAAAAAAGUAUUUUGAGAUACAUUGUUGACCUACUCAAUCUCAAGAUUCUCAACCCAUCAUUUCUCAAUCCUCAUUUUCAACCUAAUUUCAGUUUCUUUAUACUCAUUCAAACAUGGAAGAGAACCAAAAACACAGUGAUACUAGUCCCAUCUAUGACCUGAUAAUACUCGGUGCUUCAGGUUUCACAGGCAAGUAUGUAGUCAGAGAAACCCUCAAGUUUCUCAACACCUCAUCGUCCCCACUCAAAACCCUAGCCCUAGCUGGCCGAAACCCAACCAAAUUAUCCCAAACCCUGACAUGGGCCUCUCACCCCAAUCCACCUCCCUCCAUCCCCAUCCUCACCGCCGACACCACCGACCCUCCAUCCCUGCGCCGGCUCGCCGCCCAAACCAAGCUCAUCCUCAACUGCGUAGGCCCCUUCCGCCUCUAUGGUGAGCCCGUCGUCGCCGCAUGCGCUGAUUCGGGCUGCGAUUACCUGGACAUAUGUGGCGAGCCGGAGUUCAUGGAGAGAAUGGAGGCGAUGUUCCAUGAAAAAGCCGUGGAAAAGGGUUCUUUGGUGGUUUCCGCUUGUGGGUUUGAUUCUGUUCCGGCGGAAUUGGGGUUGAUGUUCAAUUCGAGGCACUGGGAGUCCCCAUCAGCGCCGAACCGGAUGGAAGCGUAUUUGAGUUUGGAAUCGGAGAAGAAGGUUGUUGGGAAUUUUGGGACGUUUGAAUCGGCGGUUCUGGGUGUCGCUAAUGCGGAUAAGUUGCAGGAAUUGAGACGGUCGAGACCUAGAAGAGCUCGGCCUGUGAUUCUUGGUCCCGCUCCUCCCAAAGGAGCGAUUAUAGAACACCAGAAGAAGAUUGGUGUUUGGGCUGUAAAGCUACCGUCUGCAGAUUCUAUUGUUGUCCGAAGAACACUAGCAGUUCUGACAGAAAACCCCCGUGGUCUUCCCGGGGAUAAUGAGAGUCCCGAACAUAUUGAAAAAAGGGAAACUUUCUGGUCGACAGUUAAGCCGGCUCACUUUGGGGUGAAGAUAGGGUCCAAGUCUCUCUUUGGCAUCUUUCGGUUCAUCACUAUUGGGAUGUUCAUUGGGCUGUUGGGUAAAACUGCUUUAGGGAGGUGGCUUCUUUUAAAAUUCCCGUCCGUCUUCAGCCUUGGGUGGUUUAGGAAAAAGGGUCCCACUGAGGAUGAGGUGAGAAGUGCUUCCUUUAAGAUGUGGUUUGUUGGACAUGGAUUUAGUGACUGCAGCCUGUUGUCACAAGGAGACAUGAAACCUGAUAUGGAAAUAAUAACAAGAGUGAUGGGACCUGAGAUUGGCUAUCUUACCACUCCAAUAAUUCUACUUCAGUGUGCUCUUAUUCUACUGAGCCAACGCCAGAACCUGCCAAAGGGAGGUGUUCUCACCCCUGGGAUUGUUUUUGGCCCAACAGAUCUCCAAGAACGACUUCAAGAGAACGGAAUAUCUUUUGAUUUCAUUUCAAAGACUCUUCUUGCCUAACUGGUAAGGACUUUGUUGCACUAAUAGAACAGAGCUUCGAGGCUUUUUUAUUUUUUUCAGCAGUAGUGGCAUAUAAUAAUGAGUUACCAGUCAUGUUUGUUUUA